CGCGCAUCCGGGUCACGCUAACGCCGCGGUUUCCGCCACUCUGUUGGUUCCAGAGAGGGUCCGAAGUGGUCCCAUGUCGUGCUGUGGAGCGUCUGCAGCCGUCUGUUUGUGAAGACCGCAGAGACCUUCAGUCCAGUCACGUAAGUGUGUAAAGGGAUAGAGGUCCUCAUGGAAGAAGAGCAAGACCUACCAGAGCAACCGGUGAAAAAAGCCAAGAUGCAGGAGCCAGGAGAACAAACUUUAAGUCAAGUAAACAACCCAGAUGCCAGUGAUCAGAAGCCUGAGACAUCCAGUCUUGCGUCAAAUCUCAGCAUGUCAGAGGAAAUUAUGACAUGCACCGAUUACAUCCCUCGCUCAUCCAAUGAUUAUACCUCACAAAUGUAUUCUGCAAAACCUUAUGCACACAUCCUCUCUGUUCCUGUUUCGGAAACCACUUAUCCUGGGCAGACUCAGUACCAGACCCUGCAGCAGUCUCAACCCUACGCUGUCUACCCUCAGGCAACCCAGACAUACGGACUACCUCCUUUCGGUGCACUGUGGCCAGGUAUGAAACCUGAAAGUGGUUUAAUUCAGACUCCAUCUCCAAGUCAACACAGUGUUCUUACCUGCACUACAGGGUUAACCACAAGCCAGCCAAGCUCAGCACAUUAUUCUUAUUCCAUUCAAGCUUCAAGCACAAAUGCCAGCCUGAUACCCACUUCAUCUGCAGUUGCCAAUAUCCCAGCAGCAGCCGUGGCCAGCAUCUCAAACCAGGACUAUCCCACCUAUACUAUUCUUGGACAGAAUCAGUAUCAGGCCUGCUACCCCAGUUCCAGCUUUGGAGUCACAGGUCAAACUAACAGUGAUGCUGAAAACACAGCAUUAGCGGCUACAGCGUACCAGACAGAGAAGCCUAGUGCUAUGGUACCUGCACCAGCCACACAGAGGCUUCCCUCUGACUCCUCUACAAGCCCACCUUUGUCCCAGAACACACCCAGUAAAGAUGCUGAUGAUCAGUCCAGGAAAAACAUGACUGUCAAGAACCGGGGCAAGAGGAAAGCUGAUGCCAGCUCUUCCCAGGACAGUGAAUUAGAACGGGUAUUUCUCUGGGACUUGGAUGAAACCAUCAUCAUAUUUCAUUCCCUUCUUACUGGAUCCUAUGCUCAGAAGUAUGGAAAGGACCCAACAGUAGUAAUUGGCUCAGGUUUAACAAUGGAAGAAAUGAUUUUUGAAGUAGCUGAUACACAUCUCUUUUUCAAUGACUUAGAGGAGUGUGACCAGGUGCAUGUGGAAGAUGUGGCUUCUGAUGACAAUGGCCAGGAUUUGAGCAACUAUAGUUUCUCGACAGAUGGUUUCAGUGGUUCAGGAGGCAGUGGAAGCCACAGUUCAUCUGUGGGUGUUCAGGGAGGUGUGGACUGGAUGAGGAAACUGGCCUUUCGCUACCGAAAAGUGAGGGAAAUCUACGAUAAGCAUAAAAGCAACGUGGGUGGCCUCCUCAGCCCCCAGAGGAAGGAAGCACUGCAGAGACUCAGAGCAGAGAUCGAGGUGCUGACGGACUCCUGGUUAGGAACGGCACUGAAGUCCUUGCUUCUCAUCCAGUCUCGAAAGAAUUGUGUGAAUGUUCUGAUUACUACCACCCAGUUAGUUCCAGCCCUGGCCAAGGUUCUUCUGUAUGGACUCGGAGAAAUAUUUCCUAUUGAAAACAUCUAUAGUGCUACCAAAAUCGGAAAGGAGAGCUGCUUUGAGAGAAUUGUUUCGAGGUUUGGAAAAAAAGUCACAUAUGUCGUGAUUGGAGAUGGACGAGAUGAAGAAAUUGCAGCCAAGCAGCACAACAUGCCUUUCUGGAGGAUCACAAACCAUGGAGACCUGGUGUCCUUGCACCAGGCCCUAGAGCUUGACUUCCUCUAAGAACUGGAGUGUGGAACCUUCCUUCCUUGUGAGCUUCGUUUUACCUCCGACAGGAGCCAGAAGCCAGAACCCUCUGAGCCCCUUCUCUCCUGUGUCUCUCUGUGUCUCAGCACCCCUCCCCUUCUCUUCUGCUCUUUCUCUCUCCAUGGAAUGCUGGCGAGAACACAAUCAACCAAAAACUGCAGUUAUACUGAGUGAGCUGCACCCCACGCCCACUGUACAGCAGGAGGUGGCAGGAAGAGCUGCAGACCGGCUGCAGCUGCCAGGCUUUAAUUUCUGUUUCGUUUGAAAAGGAAGAACACGAGUAGCCAGUGCUCGGGGCGCAGUUGUACUCUUGCUGCAUGGACAGACUGGGAGCUGCUCCUGAUCGUGUGGAUGGAAAAUGUGUCCCCUUGAGAUCGUCUUCUAUUCUCUUAGCUAUAGAAUGUCUCUCCCAGUGAAUGGGUAGGUUAUUUUUAUAGGUGAGGGUCUGGUAUUUAAAACAGCCUCCCCCACUUUUCUAUGAAGAAAGCAGUGUGUAAAGUUUCCGUGACAGUAGUAAUGGAAAUAUCUAAAAUACCUCCGUGACAGGACUUCUUCUGGACAGGACAGAGGCUCCAGUGCUCUGCUCUCUAGGGAGGCUCCUUGCCAUCUAGAGGGCUCCCGUCACUCACUUUAGACUUUGGCAUCUUCCAUCUUGUAAGCCUCCGUUCUCUUGGCAGUCCUCCUUCAUCUGUAACCAAAUGGCACAACUCUGGAAACUCCUUCCCACAGACAAUAAAUCUAAGCCUUUAGCUUGUAAUUCAGAAGCUCUGUCCCAGGAAGCUCAGCCUCCAAACUGGAGAGAAGGGGCUCGGACUUCUUAGGAAUUUCAUCCUUGGUUCCUGAGGUAAGAUUUCAUCUCGUGCUCCUGCAGAGCAGUACCUGUUCCCAGCAGAUGCUUCCCCUGUGGUCGGCUCAGUCAUCAGAUGCUGGGCUCACACCCCCUGCCCUCACAGGCACCACUCUCCAUGCAGUUCUGGCCAGCCCCUACCCACUCAGUUAAAGGCAGAAAGGCCAAGGGCAGGCUCUAGCUGCUUCCUUCACCUGCACUUGCACUCGGUGAUCCCACCUUGUAUUUACACAGAUCUGUGCCUAGGAGUGGGGAGCAGAGAGCUAGAAUCAAAACUCAGUUCCCGUGAAAUACCUCACUGCUCAGAUUCCAUGCUGCAGUGGGAGACCAGGCCAGAAAGACAUUCUUGACUUAAAUGCUUGAAAAUUCAAUCCUGAGCUAGGUGUAAGAGCACCUCUCAAGCCUGCCCAGCUCCCUAGACAGUUAGGAGGGAAACUGGGCCUCAGUCCCAGCCCUCAAGCCCAGCUGUGUUUUGGUUUUAUUUGGGUUUUUGUUUGGGUUUUUUGUUUUGUUUUUGUUUUGCUUUUUAAGGCACUGUUCCUUGAGUCAAUGUCGGUGCCUGCUUAAACGUCCUUAGAGUUGAGGAAAUGUGCAGCCUUGGUCUUCAGGGUGUCCAUGACCAACCCCUAACUUCAAUCAAUGUCCCCAGAGAUACUGCAGCCCAGAGGCCACAUUUCUCUUCAUGCCAGGCUACCAGAUAAUGACAGAAAGGCUACACAGCAUCUUCAGAACUGGUGGGCACUUCUGAGUACUUCUGAGACCAGCAGUUGAGGAAGGGCCUCAGACAGGGGGGGAGGGUGGUGUCUUGGCCACCCAUUUGGCUUUGUUUUGAGGUACUGAUGGGAGCAAGGAGCCCAAGUCUAAGCCAGACCUUCCUAGGGUACAUUUACCACCACUAUCUUAGUCCAGGCCAGCCUUACUUCAUGGUCCAACAUAGAAAACUCCAAGAUGAGUUUUACUUAAAAGUCUCAAACCCUUCCCUCAUUGACAGUAUAAUUUCUUAUCCUGGACAGUGGCCACCUAUUGGUGCUGUGCUUCAGGCUUACCAGACUGCCAAGUGGUGACACACCCCUCUGCACACAGGUACCACCACAAACACUUCAGGGGAGACUCUAUUCUUAGACUAUAACAGGGAACCCUUCCCUCUUACCCUAACUGGAGAGGCAAGGAGGUAUUCUGAGCUAAGUGGCUCCUGCUCCAGCAGCAGCUACCCUGUCAGGGCAGAUGGAGCAGGAGUGCAUUGGUGUCUCCAGGGACACCAGCCCUUUGUGUUGAUUCUCUCUCCCUCCCACAAAGGCUUGGGAAGGAAAAUGAGCAGGCAGCAUUAAGAACUGCUAGAAAUAGACAGCUUGGUGGUUAAUGGCACCCGCAGAUUGUGCAGAGGUCCAAGGUUUAGGCAACCCACAAGACUAUUCACAACCUCUGACUGCAGCUCCAGAGGGUGUGUUGCCCUCUUCUGGCCUCUUCAGGCACCAAGCACUUACAUGCAUGUAAGAAAACACUCAUAAGUAUAAAAUGAAAUUUCUUUUAAUAUUAAAAGCUGUUGGAAGUUAGACCUGAAGGAAACUGGGUCCUUUCAUCAUUAGAAGGCAGUCCUUACUGGAAGGAACACCUUGAAGAAAUUAGCUGGUGAAUCCUUUCCCUGCUUGAUCCUGUGUUCUAGAAGAUUAGUCUGGACAUCUCAUGGUGACAGCUAGUUCUAGGAGUGUCUGAGGAGUUGCAGGAAUGUCCUGGGAUACGAGGUGGCUCGACUUUCGAAUGUAAAAAUGACUGUGCCUUAGCAUCACCCUGUCCAGUGCCCCGGGGCAGCUGGUGAUAUCAGCGAGAGUGGAUACCUGCUCCACAUUUUAGGUGCCUAUUUGGGCUUUUGAUUUGGGGGUGUUCUCUUUUCUGGUAGUUGGGUGUCAGAGCGAGUGUCCCCAAGAGACUUGGCACAGCUUGUUUGUGUUCACCCAAGCUCAGCUCUUACAGCUCCAAGUAGAAUCUGGCGUCUGCAGCCACAAGCACAUGGCGCUUCUAGACACCGCUUUGAAUUAGAGUCACAUAACUGACGGGAGCACCAGGCAAAGCUCGAUGCUCUCCUGGAAGAAUACAGGCUAGCCUCCAAGUGCCAAGCUGCGGCCUUGUUCCUCACUCUUCCCUAGGUUGUAGCUGAGGCCAUUCCUGAGUAAGCUUAUGCUCCUUGCUUCUCACCUGGUCAAGCAGCUAGAACUACCCAAACACAUUCAUUGUAGAUGCCAAGUUGGAAUUCUGAGCUUCCCAAAUAUCUUAACCACAAGAGGGAAAACUCCGCUUGUGUCCCAGCCUCAUCCGAGGGCCGCUUGCUCUCCCUCUACCCUGAGUCAGUUCUAGUGAGCAUGGUUCCCUGGCUGCCUCCUCUCACACCGAGCAGAACCAUCCCAGUUAAGGACCGUUUCCACUUGGAUCACCACUCUCCCUCUGGACUCCGGAUGCCUCUUUAGCAGGAAAAGGCAUCGGUUGGGUUGGAUAUAUAUAUUUAUGUGACUGCGGGCAUUUGUGGCUAUAGAGUCCUUGACCAUAAUGUUAUAUGUAAUGGGAACUAUCUUAUAAACUUGAAAAAAUAAAGUUUUUAUUUUCUAUACAGUUUUCUCAUUUGUCUUUUCUAAAUAUGGUUGGCCCAUUUGCCAAGCCAUGCAGGGUCCUAAUCAGGGCUUCAUUAAGAUGUCACCUUUAAAUAACUUGAGUUAUUCAUUUCACACAUACAAAGUGAUCAUUUGGUCUAUGUUGGAAAAUAAAAGGUUGUAAAGUUUGCAAGAGAAAUGUUUGACUUUUUUCUACAAUAUACUGCUUUUCAAGGUAUAGAAAUGGAAUAGAUUUCAUGAGCUGUCAAAUGUGCUGAACUUUACUACAGAGGAGUUGGUCUGUGUUGAGCAUUAAGCUGCAAAUCCAAUAAAGCUAAUGAAUUAAUAUGAAA